CGCUCCCUUGCUCACUGAAAAUACACUUGUUCUCCUGCAUUGCCCCCUAGUUCCACACUUAUAGAGUGCUGUAUAGAGUCAAAAUGACAAACUCGCCGGUUAAAGUCACUUCCAAAGAACAGAUCAAACAGAUCCUCGAUGAACACGAUACCUUCAUCUUUGACUGCGAUGGAGUGAUAUGGUUAGGCUCCCAUGUUAUCCCUGGAGCCAUUGAAACAUUGAAGCUCUUGAGAUCGCUGAACAAGCAGGUCAUCUUCGUCACCAACAACUCGACGAAGUCGAGAAAGACAUAUACACAGAAGUUUGCCCAGUUUGGCUACGACGCUACAAAGGAGGAAGUUUUCGGCUCUGCGUAUGCUGCUGCUACUUAUUUGGAUAAAUUUGUCCAAUUGCCAAAGGACUCCAAGGUCUGGGUCUAUGGUGAAUCCGGUAUCGUUGAGGAGUUGGAGGAGUUGGGAUACGAGUGCCUUGGUGGCACAGAUGAGCGUUUGAAUGAGAAAUUCAGCGCAUCCACCACUCCCUUCUUACCAUUGGAUCCAAAAGUUGGUGCCGUCGUGGCAGGAUUGGACACCGGGAUGAACUACCACAGAAGUGCCAUUGCACUUCAGUACCUGCUGAACCCAGACGUCCAUUUCAUCGCUACAAACAUCGACUCAACCUUCCCUCAAAAAGGUAUGAUCCUACCAGGUGCAGGCUCGUGUAUCGAAUCCGUGGCGUAUGCCAGUGGCCGUACGCCAACAGCGUGCGGCAAACCGUCUCAGAACAUGCUGGAUGCCAUCGUCAGCGAUAAAGGAUUGGAUAGAAAGAGAUGUAUAAUGGUUGGUGACCGUCUGAACACCGACAUGAAGUUCGGUAAAGAUGGUGGCCUGUCAACUCUGCUGGUCCUAACAGGUAUCGAGACUGAAAAGGGAGCCUUCGAGUCCGGUGUUCCAGACUACAUUGCCGACUCCCUGGGUGUGAUUAGUGAGCUGUACGAGUAAACAACCCGCAAUUGGAUAUAUCUCUCCAUGGUUUAAACC